AUCAUCGACUCAUAAGGGGAGACAACUGCGCGUGAGUCAGGGAAGUAGUACUGUUCGUUAACAGUCACAUCCUCCACCUAAAGUCAAACGUCAUGUCGGGCAAACAGUUAUGAGCUCAUUGGGAGUUACAAAGUGAGUCGGUACGAGGCGGAAAAUGAAAAUAGGUCAAGAGAAGACGUGAGAACCGACGGAAUGGCAGUUAACAGGGCAAAUAGCGAAGCAACGGGACUUUGUUGACAGAUAACGCGAGCCGUUGGUCCGUGCCUGGCGUAACGUCAGCUAGCUAACCCGGGCUGAGUCGGUGGGACCUCACAGACAGACAGACAGACAGACAGACCUGUGUUGAUUUUGGGAAUCUCAAGCAGACAGCACAUCAGAAGACAACAGACAGAGUGGAUGUUUCUUUUAAGCAGCACAUGGCCUGUAUUCUGCUGACAGACAUGGACCCACCCAUCUCCAGUCCUACAGCACAUCUCAAUGGCCUCCUUCCAGAUCACAAUCCAGCCACUGGCCUCGACCCCAAGCAGGACGUGGAUGCCACCUGCCUCACCGUUCACCUUUUCUACUUGGGGAAGGACGGAGGAGAGGGUGGUUCAGAAAAUGGUUCGGAAAGUGCGCUCACGUUUCCACCUGGGGAGUAUGUAGCAGAGGAACUGUGCAUCAGUGCAGCAAAAGCAUGUGGGAUCGCUCCAGUGUACUGCAGCCUGUUUGGCCUGAUGAGGGAAAGUGACAGGAUAUGGCUCCCUCCUAAUCACAUCUUUAAAGUGCACCAGUCAGCCACUGAAAGCCUGCACUUCAGAAUAAGAUACUAUUUUCCUGGCUGGUAUAACAACGGCAAUUCAUUGUACGCCCAUCGCUAUGGUGUGUCCAAGGGGACAGAGAGCCCUGUCAUGGAUGAUUGUGUCAUGGCAUACCAGUUUUCUCAGUGGCGAAGUGACUUCCUGAAUGGCUUGAUUCAUAUUCCGGUGAGUCACGAGGCCCAGGAGGAGUGUUUGGGCAUGGCGGUGCUGGACAUGAUGAGGCUUGCCAAAGAGAGUGGUCAGUCACCUGUCGACAUCUACAAUGAUACCAGCUACAAAUCCUUUCUGCCAAGAUGCAUGCGAAGCCGCAUCCAGGAAUACAACAUCUUGACUCGGAAGAGGAUCCGCUAUCGCUUCAAGAAGUUCAUCCAGCAGUUCAGCGAAUGCAAGGCCACGGUGUCUAAUCUCAAGCUCAAAUACCUGAUGAGUCUGGAGAUGCUGCUACCCUCCCUCUUUUCUGAGCGCUUCCAAGUCACCGACCUCUCUGCACGUGAGGUUACCAUUGUAGUCAUGGGCAACACGGGCAUCCAGUGGUCAAAAGGGAAAGAGGAAGAGGAAGCAGAGGAGGAGCUGCAGACAUACUGUGACUUCCCAGCAGUGAUCGACAUCAGCAUCAAACAGGCCAAUAAGGAGGGCUCUGUGGAGAGCCGCAUAGUUACGCUCACCAGACAGGACAACCAUACCCUGGAACUGGAGUUUCGUUCGCUCUCAGAGGCUCUGUCAUUUGUAUCAUUGGUUGAUGGGUAUUACAGACUGGUUGCAGAUGCCCAUCAUUAUCUGUGUAAAGAAGUGGCUCCACCAAGACUUCUUGAGUGCAUACAGAGCUACUGCCAUGGCCCUGUGUCGAUGGAGUUUACGAUCGGUAAGCUGCGUCGCUCUGGUAACCACCAAGGCCUGUACAUCCUUCGCUGCAGCCCCAGGGACUAUGACAAAUACUUCAUGUCCUUUGUGGUGGGGUGUGACACAAGGGUGGACUAUAAGCACUGUCAGAUCGUGAAGACAGAGUCAGGGGAGUACAUUCUGAGUGGUGCGAAGAGGAGCUUCGGCUCUCUCAGGGAACUACUGCACUGCUACCAGAAGGAGGCGCUCCGCACUGAUGGAUACACAUUUCAGCUGACCAGGUGCUGCUCACCCAGCUUCAAAGAUAAAUCCAACCUGGUGGUGUGUAGAAAUAAUCAAGGGCCAGAUGUUCCUCUGUCUCCCUCGCUUCACAAACACAACAUCAGCCAGAUGGUCUUCCACAAGAUCCGGAAAGAGGACCUGGUCAUCAAAGAGAGUCUGGGCCAAGGAACCUUCACUAAGAUCUUCUGCGGUGUGAGGAAAGAGCUGGGAGACUACGGAGAGGUGCACCAGAUAGACGUCGUGAUCAAGAUCCUGGACAAGGCUCACCGCAACUAUUCAGAGUCCUUCUUUGAAGCAGCCAGUAUGAUGAGCCAGCUGUCCCACAAGCACUUACUCCUCAACUAUGGCGUGUGCGUCUGUGGCAAUGAGAACAUGAUGGUGCAGGAGUAUGGGAAAUUUGGCUCACUGGACACCUACCUGAAAAAGAAUAAGAGCUGUGUUAACAUCACCUGGAAGCUAGAAGUGGCCAAGCAGCUAUCCUGGGCUAUGCACUACCUGGAGGAUAAGAACCUCAUUCAUGGAAAUGUCUGUGCCAAGAAUGUUCUUCUGAUCAGAGAGGAGGAUCGGAUGACGGGCAGCCUGCCUUUUAUCAAGCUCAGUGACCCUGGUAUCAGCAUCACUGUGCUGCCCAAAGAAGUUCUGGUGGAGCGUAUCCCAUGGGUGCCCCCUGAGUGCAUUGAAGACCCCCAAAACCUCAGUUUAGCCACAGACAAGUGGGGCUUUGGGACCACGCUUUGGGAGAUCUGCAGUGGUGGCGACAAACCACUCAGCACCUUGGACUGCUCCAAGAAACACUUGUUCUAUGAGGACAGACACCAGCUGCCAGCUCCUAAAUGGACAGAGCUGGCCAAUCUGAUUAACAGCUGUAUGGACUACGAGCCCUCACACCGACCCUCCUUCAGAGCCAUUAUCAGAGAUCUCAACAGCCUCUUCACGCCAGACUAUGAGCUGCUGGUGGAGAGUGACAUGGUGCCCAACCGGACAAGAGGCUUCGGCUUCCCAUGGGCCUCCGAGAACCAGGAGCCUGCCCAGUUUGAGGAGAGGCACCUCAUCUUUCUCAAGCAGCUGGGCAAAGGGAACUUUGGUAGUGUGGAGAUGUGCAGGUACGACCCCCUGCAGGACAGCACAGGGGAGGUGGUGGCUGUGAAGAAACUGCAGCACAGCACAGCCGAGCACCUCAGGGACUUUGAGCGGGAAAUCGAGAUCCUCAGAUCCCUCCAGCAUGAAAACAUUGUCAAAUACAAAGGAGUCUGCUACAGUGCAGGACGAAGGAACCUACGGCUGAUCAUGGAGUAUCUCCCCUACGGCAGCUUGAGAGAUUAUCUCAUUAAACACAAGGACCGCUUUGAUUGCAACAAACUGCUCCACUAUGCAUCACAGAUUUGCAAGGGUAUGGACUACCUUGCCACGAAGCGAUACAUCCACAGAGACCUGGCCACGAGGAACAUUCUGGUGGAGAGCGAAAUGAGGGUGAAGAUCGGUGAUUUUGGCCUGACGAAGGUGCUGCCACAGGACAAAGAGUACUACACUGUCAAAGAGCCUGGGGAAAGCCCCAUCUUUUGGUAUGCACCAGAGUCGCUGACAGAGAGCAAGUUCUCUGUGGGAUCAGACGUUUGGAGUUUCGGUGUUGUCCUCUACGAACUCUUCACUUACAGUGACAAGAACUGCAGCCCACCUGCGGUGUUUAUGGACAAGAUGGGGAAUGAAAAGCAGGGUCAGAUGAUUGUCUACCAUCUGAUAGACCUGCUCAAAAACGGAUACAGGUUGCCUGCUCCUGAUAAUUGUCCAAAGGAGAUUUACAAGAUUAUGACAGAGUGCUGGAGCAGUGAGCCGUGCCAGCGCCCUACUUUCAAGACAUUAAUUCACAGUGUGGAGAGUGUGCGAGACAGCAAGGAUGGAUGAGCGGCAUUGAUCCCUGAACCUUUGACCUUUAGGUGCUGACUCCCCCGGGGGAGGGGGGGGGGCCGUCCUCACGGAUCUUAACAGAACAAUAAAUGUCUUGGAGAUGUCUGGGUUUACUGCAGCCGUACAGUCCCUAGUCCAAAGUGAAGUUGAUUUUAGUUUUUCUUUUGGUGAACUGCAUGUCUGUCAGCCUAUUUAAGAUUUACCCAAAUAAGGAUGAUGAACGGGCAUAUUCACUUUCUCAGCAGUUAACCCACUUCUUAAAGGAGCUCUAUAAGAUAUUAGAGUUUUAAUAUAGCAGCAAACAACUAUUUGCUCUGUAGAGAUACAGUGGAGUAAUGAUGUGCUGAGCAGAGAAUCCAAGCUUCUCUGUUCUUUGUUGUGGUAGACAGUCCGACCCCCAUGCAUAUUAGUUCGCAUGUAUUGUAGUCCGUGUGUAUUCCACUGGCUAGCUUAUCACUGCUGCUCAGCACCGCACUCACACGCAAGUUACCCCUAAUGUCAGGACAGCGUAGAGGCGAAAGUGUAGCGCCCACCCUCCAGUUCCCCUCAGGUUUACCCCAUUAGCACUAGUAGCUGCUAACCGCUAGCUAAGGCACCUCCAUAUUGAGAGCUUUGUGCAGACAACCUCUGAGUGAUAGAUCAGCUGUUUAUAUCCUGUAGUGCUCCUUUAAUAUGGCAUUUACGAUUUAUCUGAUUUAUUACUACACUACAUCUGACUCAGACAACAAACAGAAGAUAUAUCAGAUGCCUUUAAGAACAUUUCAUGGUGGGAUAAAUUAUUUUAUUUGUAUAUGUUGUUUUACAAAUAGAAUUAGACAAUAGACAUGGAGUGGAAAAAUGAUACUUUUCUAAGAAUCCACAAUUUUUUUUUUAUUUCAAGGGACUUCUGUGGAAUAUUGAAGCCUUAAAAUAAAUAUUUGUACCAAAAAAUGUAUGUAUUACCAACAAGUAGCAUGUUGUUAAUGCUCAGUCCUUUGAAUUUUGUACUUUAAUCGCUGUCAAAUGAGCAAUUUCUUUUGUCAAACCAAAGAGACUGUUCCAAACAGCCAUCUUACUGCACACCUGAACCUCAAGGCACCACUCAUGUGUGGCUGAACAUUUAUAAAGGACUGGAAGUGAACUGCUGGAUAGUUUUAAGCCUGAUAAAGGACAGACCAUGAAUGUAAAGCACCAGCUGUACUUCUGCCACAAGGGGACCCAUUGGGAAAUUUCUACCGGUGUUUUUGAGUUACCUUCCUGCAGUUACAGUGGACUUACAGAUAUUCAUUGUACAUUGAGGAUGAUUCUGUGCUCUGAGCUGAUGAAGCAACAGCAGAAGCACCCAGAUCUUUCCACAUAACAGAGGUCAGACUUUGUAUCAACUGUUGUUCGUUUAUAUAAUUUCAUACAUCCUGCCAAUAUUCCAGUACAUUAAAGAGACAGCAAUAACUGAGGUGGGUGUCUAAUAGUGUCAUAUCAUGGACUCAUACAGUGUUUUUGAACUUACGAUGUCACCUUUGUAAUUAGUAAUUUGUAUAUUUCUAUAAAUAUAGUAUGAGAUUUUCAGUGUUGGAGGCUGCCUGUGGAUACUUUAUGUACAAAUAUAUUUUCUGAAGAUGGAGAAAGAAGUCAUGAAGGGAGAUGCUUUUUUUUUCUGCAGCUUGUUGUUACAAGUGACAACUUUAUUUAAAUCUUGACUUUUGUUCAUGUCAUUAUUUUGCCACCACCCAUUUAAAGUUGUCUUAACAGCUGGUGUAUAUGUUGAAUAUGUGUGUGUGUGUUAUGAUAUGCAUUACAGUGUCGGCCACAAGUGGAUCAAUUUGUCACAAGGGGAUAAUUUCCUUUAUGUUCCAAAUGUUACUGACUGAAAGUUAUUUCCUCUCACCAGUUUCAACCACAGACUGUAUAAAAUAAAGGAUGUAGCCGCCAUGAUGUCACCCAUUGGUUUGUGGAUUCCCAUUUUAGAGUGUUGUACUUGGGAAAGAGCUUGGUGUCAAGACCAUACUCAAAGCCACCUUUGAGGAAUUUUUACUCAUUCUUGUCUUGGUUUCUGAGAAAUAGGGCUUAGGAUUUUGGACCACAACUGCGAGGUCAUCACUGAACUGCCUGUGCAAAAAAGAGUUGAGUAUAGGCAAAGUAAAUAUCAGCUCCUCACUGUCUCUUAUCAAGACAGCUCUUGUGGUACCCUUAGACAUAGGCUGGCACAGUGAUGCAGUGGUUAGCACUGCUGACUCACAGCAGGAGGGUUCCAGGUUUAACCCUGGGUCUUUGUUUGCAUGUUCUCCUCAUGUCAGCAUCACUUUUCUGCAGCUUCUCUGGCAGGUUAGGUUAAUUGGCGACUCUGAAUUGUCCGUAGGUGUGAAUGUGAGUGUGAAUGGUUGUCUGUCUCGAUGUGUUGGCCCUUCAAUCAUCUGGCACCCUGUCCAGGGUCUACCCUGCCUCACAUCCAGUGUCAGCUGGGGUUCCCCGCAACCUUUAGUAGGUUGAGCAGAUACUGAUAAUGAAUAAACAGUGAUGGGAAUAACGGCGUUACUAACGGCACUACUUUUUUCAGUAACGACUAAUCAAAAAAGUUACUGUCUCCCCCGUUAUAACGCCGUUAUGGUUACUCACAAUAAAAUGCGCCGUUACUCGGCUUUACCUUAGUUCACUGAAGCGGCUUUCACUCAGACCAGCUCCUUCUCAGCGGAGCUUUAAAGUGUUUCUUCUUUGGUGAGGGCAGGUGAGGGGGAAGCAUAAGUGAUGAUGAUUGGCUUAGGGAGAGGAACAUUUCAUCAUAAACCAAUCAGAGGCAGAGUAGGGCGGGUAUUCACAAGCAGGUUUGUCAGGUCCGCGACUUUGGGCUUGUGUUUUUGUAAAGUCGCUUACAAAUAUUGGUAGGCACAGGUUGCGUUUUUUUUGGACUUGUUUCCAAAGUGGAGUUGCUUAUUUGGGCUUGCUCUCUAAACGUCGCCUUUCUCUCUAUAUAUCUGUCUAAUAACUUAUUCAAACGCAUGAUAGUAUCUCGGACUGCAGGAUGUUUCCACAGCCGCACUCCCUCUCCCUCACACACACGCACGCACAAUGGAGUGUAGUGUAGAUAAGUGUACAAUAUUUAAUAAUAAUGAUUUAUUCUAUUAAGUGUCAGUUUCAUUCAUUUAACAUAUUCAAUGUUGAGUUUCAUUACAGUUCCAUUAAAGGGGCUGCCCAAGCAAUUUGACAUAUUUGAGCAUUUAAUAAAAAAUAGUAACGCUAUAGUUACUUUUUCAGGUAAUUAAUUAUUUUUACAGUGCAGUAACCCUGUUACUAACUCAGUUACUUUUUUGGGAAAGUAACUAGUAACUAUAACUAAUUACUUUUUUAAAGUAACGAGGAGCGAGGGGUGGAUCUGAGUCAUACGCCAAGCAGACAGCCUGUCACUCAAAGCAGCAUAGCUUUGUGCCUUAGUAAGAUUUAAACCGGCGAGUUAUAUUAAAAAAAAAAAAUCACCACUGUACAGUUGUCAUGAAGGGGGAAAUAAGCUGUGUUCUAUGUUUUUUCUGUUGUAAAGUUGGGCAUUCUAACAUGGGUGUCUGUGGGGACUGACUCAGUUUUGGAGCCAGCCUCAAGUGGAUGAACUGCAGCUUUUGGCACUUCUGCAUUGGCUUCACUUUUCGCUGCAUGGUCUUAACUGGUGAGAGGACAGUCAGUCCUUGAAAAGACUUGAAAAGAAUCUAAUUUGUGGAAGAGCAUCUUUCCCUCUUACAUACAAAAAAAAAAAAAAAAAAUCCAGUGUUGUAUUUACAACAUUAAGGGAGGGAGACACAUAAUGUCAAACGACGGAUGUCCUCACAUCGUCAAGUAUGAGUCACUGUAAAGAGCGUGUCACCACAAAACAUACAGAGUGUCUCUGAAGCUCCCACGCUCUAACCUCUGGGCAGUAUCACGCCGGCCUAAAUAUUUUGGUCAUGUCAAAUCUGUUGUGAAUGAGAGACUGUUAGUUCCUGCCGAGUUGCUAUAAUGCCAAGAUAGAAAAUGUUGCUGCCUAAUGGGUUGUUUUUGUCACCCAAACAGCCAUUAUUGUGAUAUAUGUACAGUGGUGUUUAAAAGCAAAUGUGAUUAUUCUGUGUGUCAUUUUUCCUCAGAAGACAUUUGGAAAAACAGAAGAUGUUUAAACAGAUUUAACUGGUGUUUUUUUCCCAUUUGUUUCAAUUUUAUUUUGGUGCAGUGUGAAUGAUAUAAAGCCUGGUGGUACCUUUAAUACAUUUAUGCGAAUAUGGAUGUAAAUACUGAAAGAUGGAUGUGCUGUAUAUUCCAGGUGUGUAUAU